GAGGCGCUGUGAUUAUUUGUAACGGCUCUCAGUAGCACAGCGCCUUGAAUUCUCUGUUUCCGCGCUACAACUCUCCUUCCGGUUUGGACGCCAUUAGAAAAGCAGAAAUGGCUGUUCGGUAUCCUAUGGCGGUCGGCCUGAAAAAGGGCCACCCAGUGACCAAGAACGUGAGCAAGCCCAAGCACAGCCGCAGGAGAGGGCGUCUGACCAAGCACAGCAAGUUUGUGCGCGACAUGAUCCGCGAGGUGUGCGGCUUUGCCCCGUACGAAAGGCGUGCCAUGGAGUUGCUGAAGGUGUCCAAAGACAAGCGUGCCCUCAAGUUCAUCAAGAAAAGGGUUGGAACUCACAUCCGUGCCAAGAGAAAGAGGGAAGAGCUCAGCAACAUCCUGGCUGCAAUGAGAAAGGCUGCUGCCAAGAAGGAGUAGCCUGUAAUAUUCGAUAAAUAAAUUUGUAAAACGA